AUGAACUCCUUCAUCACAUUUGCCUGCCUCUUGGCUGUUGCCGCUACCGCAAAUGGCUAUGGCUAUGGCCUGGGUGGACUUGGUGGAUACAGGUUGUCGGCGCCAAUAAUUAGCGCACCAAUAAUUACUGCCCCAGCGUACUCCACCGCGAACUUGUACAAGGCUGCGCCCAUCCCUGUGGUCCGCACAUCGUAUGUAGCCGCUCCUGUCAUCAGAACCGUACCUGUAGUCAGAACUGUAGCUGUAGCAGCUCCCGCUGUUAGUGUCGCUAGCUACGGAAGUUACGGUGGCUACGGAGGUUACGGUAGCUACGGAGGUUACGGUGGCCACGGACUUAGCUACGGCUACGGACACUAA